UCAUAUACUAAUAAUAAUAGGCCAUUGUCUCUUCCUUCAGACAGAGCUACAAAUCCAAAAUACUUCUUAUUUGUCCUUUCCUUUACUCAGAUUUUAUUUUAAAUUCUUCCUUUUGGAGCUUUCCUUUUCUCUCUUACCGAAUUCCUCUGAUCUUGUCGAAGAGAUUAGUUUUGAAAAUCCAAAAUCUGACUUACAUCAUCCAGCUUUGGCCCACCAACUAAGGAUGGGCAAAUUUUUCUUGUUUUCUACAGCAAAGCAAUGCUCACACCAUUUUCGUGGAGCUUAAAAGUCUUCAAAACCCAAACAAAGCUUUGAAAUUUCUCAGAAAGAAAGAGAGAGAGGGAGUAAUCUAAAUUUAGACUCUAGGGAUUGGCUAUUAAGAGAGAGAGAGAGAGUACUAUUGGUUCUUGUGCUGUUGUGUUUUGUGCAACUGUUCUUGGGUUUCUCAGUUAAAAAAAUAGUUUCAGAGACAUUGAAUCUCACACACUUAUACACACUCACACACGCGUAAAUUUCUCAACUUUAUACUAUUUUUUGGGCUUCUGGGGUCACUUCUGAAAGCAUCUUGGAUUGCGUGAUACUUCCACUUUCUCAUUUCAGGAAAAGAUGAGUUUAGAUUAAGUGGAAGUGCUAAAAGUGUGUAAGCAAAGGUUGAAGAAGAAUAAGUUUGGGGGUUUAGGGUUUUGUGAUUUCUCUAUCUAUCUUUGAGAAUGAAGCAGAAGGGUUGUAGAGAGAGAGGUGUUGUAGUGGGGAAGAAAGUAAUGGUUGCUGUUAGGGCUUCAAAGGAAAUCCCAAAAGCAGCUCUGUUAUGGACCUUAACUCAUGUUGUUCAACCUGGAGAUCGAAUCAGGCUUCUUGUUGUUGUUCCUUCCAAUUAUACAAGUAAAAAGAUUUGGGGAUUUUCGAGAUUUACCAGCGACUGUGCCUCAGGUUAUGGAAGAUUUCUUGCUGGAACGAAUUCAGAUCGGAAAGAUGAUAUUCAUGAGUCUUGUACUCAGAUGAUGUUCCAGUUACACAAUGUGUAUGAUGCAGACAAGAUAAAUGUCAGGAUUAAAAUUGUUUUUGCUUCACCUGAUGGAGUUAUUGCUUCUGAAGCCAAGAAAUCCAACUCAAAUUGGGUGAUUUUAGACAGGGGACUGAAGUAUGAGAAGAAAUGCUGUAUUGAGCAAUUGGAGUGCAAUCUUGUGGUAAUUAAGAAGUCACAGCCAAAGGUUAUUCGUCUCAAUUUGGUGAAAAAUGCAGACACAGAGCAUCCAGAAGCUAUUACGAGGUUAACCUCAAAGUCUGUCGAGUCUCGAAGAAGUUCAAGACCCGGAAAAAAGCUGAGGGAACCAUUUGUGACUCCAGCUAGCAGUCCAGACCAAGAAGGUUCUUCACAGACCACAACUGAUAUGGGAACUUCAUCAAUAUCUAGCUCUGAUGCAGGAGCUUCACCAUUCCUAGCUUCUCGAGUCUUUGAGGGCCUCAACAGAGAGAAUCCAUGGGUCAGUGAUGGAAACAAGAGCUUCUUUGAAUCUGAUUCUGACUCGGAUGGCGAAAAGUGGAGUCCUUUAUCAAUGGCUUCCUCAUCUUCUCAUCCUGUGACAACAGCUAAUAUUCUUAGUCCUAGCGGGGAAUUAUCGAAAGCUCAUACCGAGACUCCAAGAAAAUCAAGAUUUUCUGUUCUAAGGCUCGGUUCAUCGAAGAAAGAACCUGAGGCGGGAAAAGAGAUCCGUAAGUCUGAUACAUGCUUAAACAAAAGCGUGAGAGAAGUGGUUUCUUUAUCUAGAAAACCAGCUCCUGGACCUCCUCCACUAUGUACCGUAUGUCAACACAAGGCACCUAAAUUUGGAAACCCUCCAAGAUGGUUCACUUAUGGCGAGCUGGAGACCGCAACAAAAGGUUUCUCUAAAGGUAGUUUCUUGGCUGAAGGUGGUUUUGGUUCGGUUCACCGAGGAACUUUACCAGAUGGUCAAAUCAUUGCCGUUAAACAAUAUAAGAUUGCUAGUACACAAGGUGACCGAGAAUUUUGCUCUGAAGUUGAGGUCUUGAGCUGUGCACAACAUCGGAAUGUUGUAAUGCUCAUUGGACUAUGUGUGGAGGAUGGGAAAAGAUUGCUCGUUUAUGAGUAUAUCUGCAAUGGAUCCUUGCAUUCUCAUCUUUAUGGUUUGGGGAGAGAGCCGUUAGGAUGGUCAGCUCGACAAAAGAUUGCUGUUGGAGCAGCUCGUGGAUUGAGAUACCUUCAUGAAGAAUGCAGAGUUGGUUGCAUCGUUCAUAGGGAUAUGCGUCCUCACAAUAUUCUCCUCACUCAUGACUUCGAGCCUUUGGUUGGAGAUUUUGGGCUAGCAAGAUGGCAACCAGAAGGAGAUAAAGGAGUGGAAACCCGAGUGAUUGGGACUUUCGGGUAUUUAGCUCCUGAAUACGCACAAAGCGGACAGAUUACAGAGAAAGCAGAUGUUUACUCCUUUGGUGUUGUCUUAGUUGAGCUUAUCACAGGAAGAAAAGCUAUGGACAUUAAACGUCCUAAAGGCCAACAAUGUCUCACCGAAUGGGCAAGACCGUUGCUGCAGAAACAAGCCAUUAAAGAACUUCUUGAUCCGCGUCUAAUGAAUUGCUACUCUGAGCAAGAAGUUUACUGUAUGGCGCUUUGUGCUUACCUCUGCAUUCGCCGUGACCCUAACUCGAGGCCAAGAAUGUCUCAGGUGUUGCGGAUGUUAGAAGGAGACGUUGUCAUGAAUCAUCCAAUGUAGAAGCUUUACAAGGAGAGGUCUUCUUAUGGACUUUAUAGACUAUUUAGAGUUGUUACAGCUUUCUCUUUAAUGAGCUUUGUUUUUGUAUAUGUAAGAGUUUGUUAAUGGGAAAAAGAUUCAAGUCAAGUUUGUUUCUUUUAUGUUGCUGAGAAUUUUGUGUAGGGGAUCAGUGAAGUUUGUAAGAUCUAUGUAUGUACUUUAUAUAAGAUUGCUGUUAAAAAAAAAAA